UAUAUAGUAUACAAGUCUAUUUAUAUCUAUGGGUGUGUAGCACAUUUUAAUAAUAGGGAUCAGAACAGAACGAGUCAAUCGGCUGAGGUGUGGUGGGAGAAGAGAGUUCACCAAAUUCUUGUGUGUUCACAUUCAUGGCAGAUAACUCGGACAAUAGCCACAAGGAAGCCAUGGAAGAGAGCUUAUUACUAAGGCCACAACAGAGUGGUGAAGAAGAAGAAAGAGACAGUAGUAAUGGUGGGAAUAAUGAGAUUGUUCUCACAUGGAAGGUGUUUUUUCAAGAAGUGAAGAGAUUGGGGUACAUAGCAGGACCCCUUGUGACAGUGAUUUUUUCUCAGUAUUUUUUACAGGUUAUUUCCAUGAUGAUGGUUGGUCAUCUUGGAGAGCUUGCUCUUUCCAGCUCUGCCAUAGCCAUUUCUCUAUCUGGGGUCACUGGUUUUAGUGUUCUUUUGGGAAUGGCCAGUGCACUAGAGACCAUAUGUGGGCAAGCAUAUGGAGCUAAGCAAUACAAGAAACUUGGGCUUCACACUUACACUGCAAUAUUUUCUUUGUUCUUGGUUUGUAUUCCAUUGUCUUUGAUUUGGAUGUACAUGGGAAAAAUACUUGUUCUCAUUGGCCAAGACCCUCUUAUUUCUCAUGAAGCUGGAAAAUUCACAAGAUGGCUUAUUCCUGCUCUCUUUGCAUAUGCAACUCUUCAACCACUUAUCAGAUACUUUCAAACUCAGAGCAUGAUAACUCCAAUGGUCAUAAGCUCUUGUGCCAUACUUUGUUUGCAUGUUCCUUUAUGUUGGGCUUUAGUAUUCAAGUCUGGACUGGGAAAUCUUGGAGGAGCAUUGGCCAUAAGUAUUUCCUAUUGGUUAAAUGCCAUUAUACUUGGAUUCUAUAUAAAGUUUUCUCCUUCAUGUGAAAAAACUCGAGCUCCAAUUUCUAUGGAGAUUUUUCAUGGGAUCAGAGAAUUCUUUGGCUUGGCUAUCCCUUCUGCAGUAAUGAUAUGCCUUGAGUGGUGGUCAUUUGAGCUGCUUAUUCUGAUGUCUGGGAUUCUACCAAAUCCACAGCUUGAAACUUCAGUUCUUUCUGUAUGCCUACAAACCAUCUCAACAUUAUAUGCAAUUCCAUAUGGAGUUGGUGCUGCAGUAAGUACAAGAGUUUCAAAUGAACUUGGAGCUGGGAAUCCACAAGGAGCUCGGAUUGCAACCUUUGCUGCAAUGUUUCUAGCCAUAGCAGAAACAAGUAUAGUAACCAUAACACUUUUCAUCUGCCGAGGCAUUUUUGGUUACACUUUCAGCAAUGAGAAGGAAGUUGUGAAUUAUGUCACAGAAAUGGCUCCUUUGGUUUGUUUAUCUGUUGUACUAGACAGCAUACAAGGAGUCAUGUCAGGUGUUGCUAGAGGAUGUGGGUGGCAGCAUAUAGGGGCAUUCAUAAACCUUGGAGCCUUUUAUCUUUGUGGAAUUCCAAUAGCUGCCACAUUGGGAUUUUGGGCCCAGCUGAGAGGAAAGGGGCUCUGGAUUGGCAUACAAACUGGUGCUUUUGUGCAAACCACUUUGCUUUCUCUUGUCACUGGUUGCACAAACUGGGAAAAACAGGCAAGUAAUGCAAGGGAGAGAUUAUUUGGGGAUAGAACAAAAAAUGGAUUACUGCACUAGAUGGGCUAGAAAUACAAUUGUAUGAAUGUAAUUAUAAUAUAUAUAUAUAUAUAAAAAUUUCAGCGGAAAAGUUAUUGCCAAUUAUGAGAAAAAAAAAAAACCAAUGGUAACAUUUUUGGGCUGAUAAACUUUAUGGAUUUUGAUAUGAAUGUAUUUUUAUAAAUAUAUUUCAGCAGAAAAGUUAUUGCCAAAUAU